ACAUUCUCUAUUGCUACUACUGCUGCUGAGACUGCUAUCUAGAAAUCGUAAUCGACAUGCCUUCGUUCACUGUCCCCUCCAGUCUGCUGGAGAUGACGAGAGUCUUCCGGGAGAUGAAACCGCCGGUGCCCGAUGCGCCGUGGUCGUUCAUCGUCUGGCAGAAGCAUACGGGAUUCACUCGCGCUCCCUGGGCUGAAGAUUGGCCGGACGACGAGAAGCAUCCCUUCAAGUGGGACAAGACUGCUCGGGCGCAGGUGAAGGCGUUCGUGGAUGCAUUCUGCUCGAUGCCGCUCGCCUCGAAACGUCAAGAGUUCACGAAGACCCGGAUGACGGAUACGCACGCUACAGGUCGGGCGACGUGGACGGUAGCGAUCAGGUCUGGGUUGAAGGCGUGGAAGAUCAACGCCAUCGUUGGAAAGGUGUUGAAGGAGAAUGAGAGAGACCGGGCAUCACUGCUUCGGCGUCAUGGAGAACGAACGCUGCCAGACAUGGGGGCGGCGAUGUUGGACGACACUCGACAAGAGCUGGCUGAAGCGUUGUGGGGCACUGACAUCUGCACGAAGCAGUCGAACUACACGAUCAUGCAUACGAGCGUCAUUGGAGUUGCCAACAUCAUCCUGGCGGCGGCGUGGAACACGAUGUCGAAGGCGGUCAAUAAGGACGUGAAGGAUUUGGAGGAGAUCAAGGCGAAGGUGAAGAUGUCAUUUGGAGAGCUGGAUGCAGGGGAGGUGACGGCGGCGAAGUUGAAGCAGUACUUGAGGGACAGCUCGAAGCUGAUGCGGCUGUACAAGAUGUUCAGCGACGAGGCGGCUGAGAAGGAGUUGGAGGAGCAGCGGGAGCGAUUGAGCCAGAUUCGGGCGUGCUUGGGAGUGGAUGAAGAGGGGAAGUCGACAGGAACUAUGAGCAAGGCGUUGCGGGAGGCGUUGUUGAGGCUGGCUGGGGACCACGACAUCGCUGAGGUGGAGUGGGAGCUGGAGGUCCAGUUGGAUGUUCUGGAUGGAGAGGGGGCGGGAGUGCCGAUGAUGAAUGUGGACGAGUCGGUGGUGAUUGAAUGGGAGUCGGGGACGGAGGACUACCAGGGCUGGAGCGAGAGGGACGUGCGGAAUGCACUGGGCCUGGAGGAGGAGGGGUUCCCGUCCUUCAACGAAUUCAUCGACGAGAAUGGAGUCAAGACGCCGUGGACGGAUGCAGCGUGGUUCGCGCGUCCUUACGUCGAGGGCGAGAAUGACGGUCGGGUGAAGUUGUCACCAAAGUGGCACCAGCUGAUCGGGAUCUUCAAGAUGUUGAAGAACGCAUUCGAGGGACGUCCGCUGAUGUUGAUGGAUGAGGUUGGCCUUGGGAAGACGUUGCAGGUUAUAGGGGUUAUGGCGAUGCUGGCGCACUACCGUUCUUUCUACGCCAAAUGCAAUGAGUAUCCUGGGUGGUUUCGAGGCAAGACGUUUGCGGGGAACGCUGAGAUCCCCGACCUGGGACAUGUUCUGGUGGUGCCGUUCUCGUUGCGUGCGCAGGCUGUGAGUUCGGAUGGCCGAGAGCUGGGCUUCAGUGGGAAGCAGCCGAUGGGUCCGAUCAAUAUCGUUGGAGCGAAUCCGGCAGCGUUGAUCUUCACAAAGCGGUUCCUGGUUGGGGCGUGGGACGAGAUCCACCAGAACCGGAAUAUCAAGACGGCGUUCUUCGCGGCGAAGAAGCUGAGAGAGUGUUGCACGUUCUACAUUGGGAUGUCUGCGACUCCGGUGCAGACGAAGCCACAGGACCUGUGGCAUGUAGCAUUGAUCUUGGGUGUCCCAGGUUUCGACGGCGAGACCGAGUACAAGGACAUGGGGCGAGAAGUGAAUCGCGCUGCUCGGAAGGAUCGACAGCAACGUCGACUGGCAGAGGCAUUAGAAGCGGUGAAGAAAUUCUCUCACGGAGAGGACGGGCAAGGUCAGUCGGAGCUGGCGCUGGUGAGUGGGAAGUGGAUCAUGGUGAUGCGGAAGCGGUUCGCGGGAAUGGUGGUUCGCCGGACGAUCCACUCUGAGGACAACAACAAGAAACCGAUUAUUGGCCUGCCUCCCUACGAGCAUCAUAAGUUGCUGCUGGUGUUGCCUGCCGAUGAGAUGGAGAAGGUCGAGGCGAUCAUGGAAGGUGUGCAGAAGGAGGUCGAGAAUGGGAAGAGUCUUCGGGCGUACGGAGAG